UACUCUCUCCCUCUCCCUCUCCUUCUCCCUCUCUAUCUCUCUCUCUCUGCAACAUACUCUCACCAAAUCAACAACCAUCUCCGUCUUCCUCUCCAUUCUUCGUUUCUUCUGGUGAUCUCCGCCCAUUACCCAUCGGCCCCGCGGCGCGCAUUUUCUCCGUCCUUCCUCGUAUCCUUAGAGCUCGCGGCGUUCGCAGGACAGCCGAUCAAUACUAGGGAAACCAUCAGUCUGGUUCAUUAUGAUUGUCAGCGUGAGAGAGUCGGCGUUGGUGUGCCCGGCCGGGGAGACACCGAUGCACGCCCUGUGGAAUUCCAAUGUGGACUUGGUGGUGCCCAGCAUGCACACCCCUAGCGUCUACUUCUAUAGGCCGAACGGUUCCCCUGGCUUCUUCGAUCCCAAAGUGCUCAAGGAAGGACUCGGCAAGGCCCUUGUGCCUUUCUAUCCCAUGGCUGGGCGGUUGAGGCGUGAUGAGGAUGGUCGCAUUGAGAUCAACUGCAAUGCUGAAGGUGUGCUGUUCGUGGAAGCUGAAACGAACUCCGCUGUCGAUGAUUUUGGCGAUUUUGCCCCGACAUUGGAGCUUCGGAAGCUGAUUCCAGCUGUAGACUAUUCGGCAGGGCUUUCCUCUUAUCCUCUUUUGGUAUUGCAGGUAACGUACUUCAAGUGCGGUGGAGUUUCACUUGGUGUUGGCAUGCAACACCAUGUAGCAGAUGGAUUUUCUGGCCUUCACUUUGUUAACACAUGGUCAGACAUGGCUCGUGGUCUUGACCUGGCGACCCCACCCUUCAUUGACCGCACCCUAUUGCGUGCUCGUGAUCCGCCACAGCCUCAAUUUAAGCACAUUGAAUAUCAGCCUCCACCUGCCCUUAAAGCACCGCCACCGCAAACUACUAAAUCCGGUGCCGAGAGCACAGCUGUCUCCAUCUUCAAAAUGACCAGGGAGCAGCUUGUCAAGCUCAAAGGCAAGUCAAAGGAAGAUGGCAACACUGUCAACUAUAGCUCUUAUGAGAUGUUGGCAGGUCAUGUUUGGAGAUGUGCAUGCAAGGCACGUGAGCUCCCUGAUGAUCAAGAAAGUAAAUUGUAUAUUGCUACUGAUGGACGAUCCAGAUUGAAUCCACCUCUUCCGCACGGUUACUUUGGCAAUGUGAUCUUCACUGCAACGCCACUCGCUGUUGCAGGUGACCUCCGAUCCAAACCAACAUGGUAUGCGGCAAGCCAGAUCCACGAUGCUUUGGUUCGCAUGGACAAUGACUAUCUCAGAUCUGCCCUGGAUUACCUAGAGCUCCAACCCGAUCUAUCGGUGCUUGUUCGGGGGGCCCAUACAUUUAGGUGUCCAAAUCUCGGCAUAACCAGUUGGGUUAGGCUCCCGAUCCAUGACGCCGAUUUCGGCUGGGGCAGGCCUAUAUUUAUGGGGCCCGGUGGAAUUCCAUAUGAAGGAUUAUCGUUCAUAUUGCCAAGUCCCAGCAAUGAUGGGAGCAUGUCAGUGGCCAUCUCCCUGCAAACCGAGCAUAUGAAGGUGUUCGAGAAGCUGUUGUAUGAAAUUUAACGAGGGUUCGAGAGAACCUUUCAGGUCAGAUGAAUUGUAGCUGAUCGGAUCAAGUGCAUCGAAAUUUUUUCUCCACCCUAAAAAUUGUGUUUGUUUCCUAAUACCUUAACAAUGCAAUCUUGAUGUUCCUUUUA